AUGACAUCAACACCAUUUAUUACGGCUGCUCAUGCGACCACGACUACUGCUCGCAGUAGUAUUACUACUGCUGCGAUUCUUGAUGCGAGGAAGCGGGGGAGGAAAAGGAGGAUGAGACGAAUGUCAUCCUGCACCUCAGGGAACUUGCGUUUUCCCUCGAGUGGCGGCAAAACCAUCAUCGAUAAGAAACGACGACGGGAAACGACGACGACGACGAGAGCUGCUUCGAGGGAGGAAUUCUUACUCGUGAAUAAUACUGCUACCAUCGAGGACGACGAGGACGAGGAUGAAACCACUUUUGUACGGACGACGACGAGACCGCUGCCGAUGACGACGGGAGAAAAAGUGUUACGAGACAGACUGAAACCGAAGGCGUUUUGGACGAGACGAGCGGCGGUGGCGAUGAUGAUGACGACGACGACGACGGCGUCGAGGACGACGGCAAAAGAAGAGAACAACACGAACACAAACACAUCAUCAUCAUCGGCAUAUAUAGAGAAAUACUUCGAACAAGGACCGUUCUCCGUUCGGCAGUUACCGAAAGUGGAACACGUCUCCGCUUCCGUGUAUCCGUUGUGCACGGGCAUCGCCUGUCGGUUGUCGGUGAAAGCGUUGGUGCCAUUUCCACCUCCGGUGAAUCCAGACGAGCUCUUUCCUGUGCAAGGGAGUACUAGUAGUGCCGCGAAAAAAGACUCCUUUAUCCCCGCGGAGAUAACGAAGAAAGCGCUGUUCCCGCUCGCCGUGUUCACGCCGGGAUUUUUAGUCGACGCGGAAUCGUACGAUUUCCUCGCUCGGAGAUUGUGUUCUUUCGGUUACGUCGUUCUGAGAUACGACAAGAGCGAGAGUAUAAAUGAGACGCUAGAUGACGUCGUGAGUGCGUCUUUGUUGGAGGACUUGAUCACGUGGGCGAGUUACGGGAGCGGGACUCUGUCGAACAUUGUAGAUUCGGAGGAGGUGUUGUUAAUCGGGCACUCGAGAGGCGGGAAGAUUUCCGCUUUGGAGAGUUUAUUCGACGAGCGCGUAAAAUGUUUAGCGUUGGUAGAUCCGGUAGAUAACACGCAGUACGCACCAUUAGGACCUGGUUUUCCCUCAGCGGUCAUGGGAAUGGAGAGCGACGAUAGGGAGAAGAAAAAAUUUGGGCCGCCGGCUACGUUAGUUAUUGGCGGGUUGAAAGGCGGCGAGUGCGCUCCUUUGGGAUCAAACUACGCGAAUUUUUUUAAAGCAGCGCAAGUAGCCACGAAGACGUAUCAACAAAAGAGCGAAGAGCCGUGGGGUUUCACCCUCGAUUGUGGGCACUUUGAUUUCUUGGAUGAAAAAUCAUUCAUUCAAUCCAGCGUGUGCGACGUAGGUAAUUUGGACGAUAAAGUGACAAAAGAAAUUACCGCGGCGGCGAUUGCGUUUCACGCAGACCAAACGUUCAGAAGUAAAAAUAGCAGCAACAGUAGCAGCAUUUUUCGAGCAGAGUAA